AUGAAAAAAGGGACAACUAUUCAUCACAAAGAGAAAGCUAAGAAGGUACAGUCACCGAGACGAAAGACUGUUGUCGAAAAAAUAUCCCCCCUCAUGGAUCUAAGAGAUGAUGCUGUAUUUUAAAUUAAAAUUUUCAUCUGCUUUAUAGAUUGA